CUCCAAGUCUGAAUUAGGUUUCUUCCGAUUAAGAGCCUUUGUGAAGAAGAUCGUUCGCGGUUGCUGUUGUACGCGUUGGAAGUGGUCGACCAGGUCUAAGGUGAGGUCGACCUAAUGUACCAAUCGUCGUCUUUUUUUCUAAUGCGUGAUUUCUACCGGCUAAUUUGAUAUAUUGUUGGGUGCAGAAUUCCAUUCGGUCGACCGUGACGUCAACCAGGUCGACCUGACGAGACAAUUCUGCAUAUUUGAAUUUAGGCCACAACACUUGGAUUUCUGUACUUGCGAGGUAACCCAAUUGGUCGUCUUUUUUUUGGUUAUAUAGGGUGACUUUCUUGUAUUCGGUCGACCUCGUACCGGAUUAGGUCGACCGCGAAACCAACACUUGAUCUUGAUUUUACGUCAAAUAAUUGGACACUUUGAUAGAAUACUUAUCUUCUAUCUGGUCGACCUCUUUCCUUAUCCGGUCGACCAUUUUGUUAAUGACUGCCAUCAAGUGGUCGACCUAUAUACCUUAGGUGGUCGACCAUGUUGUUUCUGAAACCAACGAAAUGGCCGACCCGGGUUUUAUUCUGGUCAACCAAAAAUAACAACUUAAACUAAGUGCGGUCGACCAGGUGGUCGUUGAGGUCGACCGCAAUGCUUUCUCGUGCUGCCCAAAUUAGUCGAUUCGGUCGACCGCCUUCAGCAAUAGGUCGACCGAAAAGUGCAUGUCACCGUGACAUGCAUGUCAUAGUAGGCAUACCCUUAAAGUUAUUGUAAGCAAAUCAUAUUGAUAGUUAAAUUUCCAACAAUUCAUUUUUUUUCAUAUCAUAUUGUUUAGUUAGUAAUUCUUUAUGUUUCUAUCAUAACAUGACUCCAAACAAAAGUUCCCAUCAUAUUGUUUAGUAGCAACUAUUUAAGUAAUUUAAUAUACAUACUCUUCAUGUAAAUAAUUAGUGAUAACAUACUCCCACUCAGUGGCUGAUACAUGGUGCUUUAGUGGUGUCCCGGGACACCCUUAAAAUUUGGGAUAACGAUUAUUCAACCUUCAGUAAUAGUUUCGUAUGGAUAAACAAAAUAUAAUUGAUAAUCCGGGACACCCCUAAAAAUUGAAAAAACGAUUAUCUUACUCUCGAUAGUAGUUUGCGUAUGAUUUAAAAAUAUAUAAGUGGUAGUCUGUGUUAUUCAAACCUAGGACACUACUAUUAUUAAACAUAUUCUUCAUUAGGUUAUAACUCAUGUGUUGUUCUAUUUUAAACAUUAUGUAAUAGUAAAAAACACAAUUCCUUAUAGGGGAGAUUUUUUAAUAUUAACUUAAAAAUAUUUUUUUUUUGCUAUGGUGAUAUAUUUUAUGAAUUAAAAUUAUGUGAAUAAAAAGGACAAUACUAAACAGUACAAAGCAUUUCCCAUAUCAUGCUAAUUAAAUCAAAGCAGUGUGCUAUGUGGUGUGCAUCCAUUGUAUUUGCAUUGAUUACAAAUUAACAAUAUAAAUAAAUUUUCUUCCGAGGUGACGCGCUGCUCCAAUAAAACAGUGGCGCUGCAUCCAAAAAUAAUAUGCGGUUUGCGGUUUUGGACUGCAACCGCGCGGUUUCGGAUCAACCAGACCGCGAACCGCAAGUCACUAAAAAUGUAGACCGCAUGUUACACCGCAAGUCUUAUGGUGCGGUUUAACUUGACCGCAAAAGCGAUUCGGUGCGGUUUGGAGCGGUUUGACCGCACCAAUGCCCACCCCUAAUCUUGCGGGUCUAACUACAUUUAAUUUGUACAAUCACCAAACGACACCUAUAUAUACAGCACAUGAAUGAACUAAUGAUGAAUGUUGGAAAUUAUGAAUCUAUAGCUCAUGCCAUUGCUAGCUUGAUGGUAAGCUUAAGUUAAACUCCAACAACGGAUAGGACAUGUUUAUGGAGUCUUAAGUCUUAACUAAUGGGUGGAUAGGGAUAAGGGGAAAGGUGCAUAUACGGUGGCAGGCAGCCAGUGGUUGAGACUUUGAGAGAGUCUUCUUUCUCGAUUGUCCAAUAUAUAUACCUAACCUUUGUAUAGUUUAACGAAAAUGAAGGUUCCAGAAAACAAGGUCACAUGGAGGGAGGAUUCGAAAGAAAGAAGAGUGCUAAACGACAGAGGAAACACAUGAUUAUGGUCAAAUUAGAGCAUUAUCGUGGGGCACUCUUAGAGGCCAGAGGAUGGAUGAUGAUGAUAUUUUCUCUCUUUAUAAAUGCGUUGAGUCUCAUUUGCCAUGUAUGGUGUCGUCCAUUUCUUGUACAGUGUCCAUUUUCUUCCCCAAAACUUCGAAUGUGACAUCUCGACGUCCCUAUCUUAGCUUGUCUGGUUAAUCAAGAUUAGAGGAUCUUAAUUUAAUUUGCACCAAUCGAAUUUGGUUUCCAAUUGCCUAGGAGAUAGCUAACUAGCAACCACGCAUUAUAAUAAUAAUACUAGUAAGGCCACACAAACCCUAAUUGCUAAUUAUUCUCGCCUAACUAUUUAGGGUGGCAAAUGAGUCGAGUCGAGUCGAGUUUUGGUCUAUCUUGAGUUCGGCUCGUAAAUAGACGCGAGUUGAGUUCGAAUCGUGUUUGACUCGAGUUAGGCUGAUUAAUGAGCUUGCAAGCUCUAAUCAAGUUGGACUAAUCAAAGUCUUAAACAUCAUAUGUGGUGAUAGGUAUAAUCUGACAAACCUAUGAAUUACCAACAAAUCAAUUUGUAAGCGAUUAAUCGAUCAGUUCAUAAGCUGCAAGCUAGUCGAGGUGGCUCUCGCUAGCCACUUUCAAGCCAGCUCAUAGCUUAGUCCACGAGUUGAGCUCAAUAAGUAAUCGAAUUGAGUUGACUCGAGAGCUUGCAAACUGAACAAGACUUUACUCAAACUCAACUUACUAAUGGCUCAGUUUGGCCCUGUUGUAGCUUUUGCAAAAGCAGCUUCUGGCUUAAACUUUUAGAGAAGUACUUUUCAAAAAAAAAAAAAAAAAACAGUUGAGUGUUUGGUUGGAAAUUUAUUAAAAGUGCUUUUAAUAUGGGAGGUUGUGUAAAUGACUAUAAAGAACUUAUAAUAUAAACUAUGAAUAAUAAUUAUAAACAAUAAAAUAUAGUCAAAAUAGAUCUUGUUAGACUUCUUAUAUAUUAAAUAAUAUGACUUUAUACUUUAUUUUAUUUUAAAAAUGAUAUAAAUGAAAUAAAAUUAAAAUAUGGUAAGGAUAAUUUUGUAUUUCAAAAAAGCUUUUCGCAGAAGCUCCAAAUCGGAGCUUCUGCUUUUAUGUUAUACAAAAGCGCUUUUUGGCUUUUCAAAAACCGAACUUUUAGAGGUGUUUGACCCUGAUUCAACUUUUGAAGUCGGAAAUCACUUCUAAAAGUCGGGCCAAACACAAGCAAUAAACCAGUUGAGUAUAAAUGAUCAAGAUUUUUCUAAAUCAAAUGUCAAACAACUUUAUAAGUAGUUUGGCUCAUUUAUAAUCCUACCAUUAGAAAAAUCGAUUGAGGCAACAAUGUACAGACAAUGGAAAAAGUAAUUAUUAGUUUAAUUAGACAAUUUUUGUCUCGAGUCGACUACUAGUCUCGGUCUACUAUACAAAGCCAAGCUAGGAGGUGGCUCCAUGAUUCCUGUUAGCACAGUGCUCGAAAUAUAUAUAUAGUGGAACGGUUCCACUAAAACUCAAUCACCACCAUCUUCCGGCCCUACCCCAAUAAUGCAGCAAAGAAAGUAACAAACAAGCAACAACCACGACUUUAAAAUCUUAAUCAUCCCGUAAAUAAAAAUAGACGAAAAUGUAGUAUAACAUAAUAUUAACCUACCACUGUGUGGUUCGAACAACUCAUAUGCACCAUCUCUUGAUAUAAUGUGUAAUCUUCCUUAGAAUGUCAAUGUUAUGACAAAGUUUUGUUAAUACACUACCUAUAAAAGUGAGGGAAAAUGAGCAAGAUUUUGGUCUAAUAGAAAAUGAGAAUAUGUGAGGGAUAUGUAUUGGUGAAGUAUAGACACAUAUGAUGUUGAAGUAUAGAAAGGAAUGAAUCUAAACCAUAGUUGUAGCAUAUGUUUGGGUUCGAUAUGGAUAAUGAUUGAAAUACCAAAGUCGCACCAAAUCCAUGAAAAAAAUCACCUAAAAAUAAUAUCGAUUGAAUUUUCACCUAUCAAAUUAAUUCGGAUGCAGUUGGAUAACCGCGAUGAUAUGUUAUUUUGACUCCUAGUCCCAAAUGAAGUGUUAUCGUCUCUCUUAAGCUAUACAUUUUGUGAACCGUAGUAGGCAAUUUGUAUGAUAAUAUUACUACUAAUUAUUAUAUCUGUAACGGUAGUUUAUUAUUAUUAUAAAUGGAUAAGAAGUAUCCUAAUCUUUAUUCAAAAUAAGUCGGGGUUCGGAUAUUCUUUGAAUGUCAUACAAAAUCUCAUACAUCAAAGCAGGAUCAGUUACAUGAAUAAAAUGAAGGCAAACUCAAGCAACUGACCUCACAUAACAAGAAAAUCUGCGCACUUGUUGCCCUGUCUAUAGGUGUGAGAAUCAGUGACUUCCCAGUUCUUCCCCAGAAGCAUUUGAAGCCGAGUAAUGGUCGCGGCAUGGUGGUAGUUGUUACAUCUCUAGUUAAAGUAUUUCAUCAUCAUCCAAAUUUCAUAUGUGCACAGUAGGAGUGGGAUAUUGGUUCGAUUUGAAUCAAUCGAACUGAAAAUUCAGAAACAGAAAAACGAAACGACCCCUUCUCGUGAAACCAAAUUACGUCAAGACCAAAGGUCGGUAAGUCCUCUCAAAGGUUCGGUUUGGUUUCAAAGAACUUAAAAUCGAACGGAUAGUGUAAUGAGUUUUUCUGUAGUGAGGUUGUGGUUUUUUUCGGUUUUAGCCAGAUCGAAAACAAUUAGUAACCGCAAAAUGGUUUCGGGUCGGUAAACUAAUAAGAGUGCAUUACUGGUAAGUUUUAAUUUGGUUUAAAUCGAAAAAUUAAAACCGAAUUGACAACACUAAUUUACCGUAUCGACAUACGUACAAUUAAGUAAUAUAUGUAAUAUAGAUUACACUUCAUAGUGGAUAACUUAUUUGAUAUUUCAGGAUGGAAUCUAGUGUAAAUACACUAAAAUAAUAGGGGAACCAGUAGGAAGAAGUAGUACAUAAUGCAUGUACCAACCGAGAGAGUUGGCCCCGCUCACCAUCAACCAUUAUCCUAACCGCGCUAAUAAUGCACUUUAAAAAUGAAUAUUUUCAUUGUUAAUGACUUGACUGACUAACUCCUCACCCGUAACACAAUAAUAAUAUGGUGGGAGGGAACCCCACUUUGAUUGAUGUUAGCAAUUAGCAUAUUGAAUUGAAUAUUAAUCAAUCUGCUGCGCUUUAAUUUUAAACUAAUCCCUGUAUUACAAAAACUGAAUUGAAUAAAAUUCAAACCAGCCGGCAGCCAUGAUCGAACAAACAAAAGGCUUAGGACCCAAGCAUGCCCCUCAAUCGGGACCCCCCAAUUUUUCUGGGCCGAAAGUAAAUUAGCAAAACCCCUAACCUACCGAGCCAGGGCUGCUGCGAUUGCUUCAAUUCAAAUUAGCGGGUUAAGAUGGGAAUUUUCGCCAUAUUAUUUUUUAAUGUAAAUUGCACUAAUUUUUGAAUACUUAAUCUUCUUAAUGGAAAUCUUGCUCAAUGUAUCAUUGCAAAAUAAUUACUAAUAAAUAUUCUACUCGUUCGAAAUAGUGGAUUUCUUUUUAAACAUAACCCACAUGCAUCAUAUUGCUGAAAUAUAUAAUUUCGGGAACUCCUGCCAUGCUUUGAAGUUACUAUAACUUAAACUUUUUGACCUGAUAUAGCAACUUUUAUAGGUUGCAUUACGUAAAUCUAAUGUUUAUUACGUAACAAUUAUGUAAUGUUUGUUAGUCUUACGUAACAGUUAAACUAGAAGCGUUACGGAAGGGUUCCGUAACGACUUAUCAUUUUACGUAACGCUAUGUUAAUAUUCAUUACGUAAAAACAUAGUCUAUUUCUAUUACAUAAGGCUUCCGUAAUGACAUUUUACAAUUGUUAAAUAAAAAUACACGCUCAUUACGUAAAGGUUAUGUAACGAAGGUUAUUUCUUAUGUAACAGUUAAAUUUGAAGUGUUACGUAAGACUUCCGUAAUGACUUCCCACAUUACAGAACUUGAUUAAUAUUCAUUACGUAAAAGGACCAUCCGUUACGUAAGGCUUCCGUAAUGACACUUUACAACUUUUUUUUACAUCAAAGAUACUUCAUUUCACGAAAUAAUUGUGUUACAAGCAAAGCCAAUCACAAGAGAGGGGAGACAAGAUCAAGAAUCUGAAUCCAAUCUGUUGGGAGAGUACCAUUAGGCGCCUCUUUAGCAACCCAAUCAACUCUUUUGUUACAAGCUCUAGGUACAAAGGAGACCAUGAUUCUAGCAUUGAUUGAAAGAAUAUGUUGCAUACAGUGAAUCCAUGCCAUGAUCUGCCAAGGGCCUCUCUUGUUGGGUGAAAGUAGAACGUCGGUGAUGCAUUUGCAGUCCUAGAAGACCCUAGCAGAAAGAUCCGUGGAAUGUGCAUACCUGAGAGCGACAAGCAAGGCUUUUGCUUCUACAACAAUCGCUUCUGAACAAAGUAGAGUACCGGCCCUUCCGUCGAUUACUUGCCCGACAGUGUUGUAAAUAACAACACCAUAUGUCGCCACCUGUGAUUCCGAGUUGAAAGCUCCAUCACAAUGUAUUUCCAGUUGAAAUGAAUUAGGCGGUGGGUUAAGAAUCUGGCGGGAUGGAUUAGGCUAAUUUCUAUGAGGGGAUCGAGGGGCAAGAGAAGCAUCCCUCCAAUUCGUGGUAAAGUGGAUUGUUUUGGUGAUGGUGGUGAGGCUGUUAGAUCGAGUCCCUUUGAACACAAAAUCAUUGUGGGCAAUCCAGAUAGCCCACAAUGCAGCAAUAAUAACAUAGACAGGGAAGGAGGAUGUGUUCAGGGAGAUACUUUGAAGCCACAUGAUAAUUGGCCAGUUGCCCGUAGGAAGAAGGAGGUCAGGGAAGCAAGUGCUCCAAAUGAGAGCUGCAUGGGGGCAUUCAAACAUACAACAGUGCACGUUUUCAGCCCCAUUCCUGCAAAGGAAGCAGAUUGGAGAGCUGAUCACCUUACAGAACCGUAGAAUCCUUUCCGUUGCAACAACAUUCCUCGUCAAUCUCCAAAUGAAUGUUUUGAUCUUUAGAGGGAGAGUAAGACUCCAAAGCCAUUUCCAGGCUUGGGUGGAGCAAUCUGGGUGGUUCGGAUAAGGAGAUCCCAAUCUUUCUCUUUCAAUGAUUCUGAAAAUGUGAUAAGUUGAUUUCACUGCAAACUUUCCAGAUUUUUCGCGGUGCCAAACCCAAUUAUCCACGGUGUCAGGAGACCUGCAAGGAAUAUGUCGAGCAACUUCUGCUAGAGACCCAUCAUUCAUCACCCAUUCAAAGGCUUUGAACUGGGAUCUUUGGGCAUGCUGUAGGAAAAAACCCAAAAUUCCAGGAAUCUAGGGAUCAAAAUCAAGGAUAAUUGACGAGGCAAAAGCAACACUUUACAACUGCUACGUAAAGUAUGCAUCUAUUAUGUAAAGGUUAUGGAACGAUAGUUAUUUUUUACGUAACAGAUAAAUUAAAAGCGUUACA